UCUCUCCCUCUCUCCCUCUCACACACCAAAGGAUUCACCUUUUCCUUCCCGUUUCUCUUCUCUCUAUCAAAAAUCGUCAUCUCGUCCGAUUCCAUUCAACUCACCGAGUCAUGAAACCAGUUCAACCACCACCACCACAACCCCUUCCCUCCACCAAUCGUCACACCAACAGCAGCAGACCGCGUCGCCGCCCUGACCUAAAAUUACCUCUCCCUCAACGUGACCCUCAGCUCGCCGUACCCCUCCCUCUUCCACCCAACUCCGGCGGCUCAAACUCCUCAUCCUCCUCCUCAGCUCGUGCUCAACUCAGUUUCUCUGAACUCGAUCGAAUCAACCGAAUCGGAAGCGGCAGCGGAGGCACCGUCUACAAAGUCGUCCACCGUCCAACGAGCCGCCUCUACGCUCUGAAAGUCAUCUACGGAAACCACGAAGACUCCGUACGGAACUCGAUCUGCCGUGAGAUCGAGAUCCUUCGCGACGUUAACCACCCUAACGUCGUUAAAUGCCACGACAUGUUCGAUCACAACGGUGAGAUCCAGGUCCUUCUAGAGUUCAUGGACGGCGGUUCGUUAGAAGGGACCCACAUAAACCACGAGGGAUAUCUAUCCGACGUGGCACGACAGAUAUUAAACGGCAUCGCAUACUUGCAUAAAAGGAAAAUUGUGCACAGAGAUAUUAAGCCCAGUAAUCUCUUAAUUAACUCUAAAAACAAUGUUAAGAUAGCUGAUUUUGGGGUUAGUAGAAUAUUAGCACAGACAAUGGAUCCUUGCAAUAGCUCAGUGGGCACAAUUGCUUACAUGAGCCCAGAAAGGAUAAAUACUGAUUUGAAUAAAGGAAUGUAUGAUGGGUAUGCAGGGGAUAUAUGGAGUUUAGGGGUUAGCAUUUUGGAGUUCUAUUUGGGGAGAUUUCCAUUUGGGGUAGGGAGACAAGGUGACUGGGCAAGCUUAAUGUGUGCAAUUUGCAUGUCACAGCCACCGGAAGCACCGGCUACUGCGUCCAGGGAGUUUAGGGAUUUUAUUGCUUGUUGUUUGCAGAGGGAGCCGGCGAGGAGGUUUACUGCCAAUCAGUUGCUGCAGCAUCCGUUUAUUGUGAGAAGAGCUGGAGAGGGUAGUGGUGGUAAUGGUACUCACAGUUUGAUGUUGCCUCCUCCACCUAGGCCAAUUCCUUAGUGGGUAGUUGUUGUAGUUUUUGAAUUGAAUUGUUGUGGGUUAUUGUUGUUGUUGUUUAUGAUAUUAAUGUGAAUUUCUUUUUUUUUCUUUUUUUUGGGGGUUUUUUGUAAGUUUUGAUAUGGUGGGUUCGGAUUUUUUACUUUAGGUGGAAAUGAGAAAAUGUCACAGCACCUUUAGUUCUGAUUAAAUUAGAUUAAGAUGCCUAUGAUGAUAUCAUGAUGAUGACAGAUAACAUUUUUUUUU